UCUUCCACCUUCUAUCGGUAUAAGACUCAACAUUCUUGAAAUUUCCUCGAAGAUACCAACGAGCAGUUAGACGAGAAACCACGCAACUCUACAGUAGUUUUCUUCUUGACACACGCCGGUUAUUAACGGAUCCAUCUAUCUAUCCCUUUCUCUCGUAAUUGUGUAUAGUGAGUUUUAUCUGAUUGUGUGUAAGAUGUGAUUACGGUCAACUGAAGGAUGGUAAAUUAUGAGUGUUGUUUUAUACAAGUGCAAUUUUUGAUUCCAACAUGAGUCAAACGAAAUUACUGGUCCUGGCCACUGUCAUCUAUUUCUUCAAAAGAUCCGACGGGUUAAUUCAAAAUGGUUCAGGAAAAUUUGGAAACAAAAAUUACCAUGUGUCAGAAAGGGAAAAACAAAUUACAAAAGUAUCGUUAACGCAAGUUGGAUAUAUUCAGUUCUUGAAAUACAUAAAUGAAGUUCCUCCGAUGACAGAAUACACUUUUUGCAUCUGGUUAAGAAGUAGCAAUUUAACACACAACCAUCCCAUCUUAUCGUAUUCAAAACAGGAAGAAGAAAGAAUAAUCAGAGUAUGGAUAGGAGGACAGGGCAAAAAUAUAAAUUUAGAAAUACUCGGCAACCCUAUAUUUGAGUUUCCACUAAAUAUUGUUGAAAAUCGAUGGUACCAUAUUUGUCAGUCGUGGUCAUCCCAUCAAGGUAUUUGGAUGCUAUAUUUGAAUGGAAAAGUUAAAUCAAGCGGAGCAUAUCCAAAAUUAAGAGGAAACUUCAUCAAAGGAGGAGGUGACAUUGUGGUAGGCCAAGAGUACACCGAUUUUGAUAAAGGUUUAGAUGACGGCAUAGAAGGAGACAUAUUUGGAUUUAAUUUAGUCCUCUCUGCAACUUCAGGAUCCCUUAAAUUUCCCCAGACAUCACCUUUUAGAAGAAAAUACCAAAAUGUACAUUCUCAACGAUUUCCACAACAACAUUUCAAUCCCAAACCUCAACAACCUCUUAUUUUUGGAUCUGGACAGACUGAAGGGUACAAAACUAUUCUCGAUGAAGACAGCAUAGCUCCGGACUCUCAAGGUUACGCUAUGAUAGAACCAAGUAGAAGUCCAAAAGGACUUUUAGACAUUUUUAGAAAUUUUUUUGGAGAAGAACCUUCUACUAGCGUUCGAGUUAUUAAAAAAUAUCCACAAAAUAUGUACAAAGUGAAUAACAGGAGAUCUUCUAUAAACGAUAUUGGUGAUGUUAAAAAACCUUUAGGUCUUCUUUUAGUUGAAUUAAGUUUUGAUUGUGGUUUAAGAAAAGGAGCACCGCUUAGUGGAAAAAAUGUUAUAGUUAAUUGGAACCAAAGUCCUGUAAGAGUCUUUGGAGGUGCAAUUUUAAAAACGAUUCCUGCUUUUUGCUAUGAAAAAUCGAUACAAUAAAUGUGCCAAUUGUGUGCUUAAAUCAUAAUCACAAUGUUCUACAUCCAACCUGUUCAAAAUCUUUAGUAUUAUUAUGUCUAAAAUAUACUGCGCCGCAAAUAUAACUUAUAUUUUAUCAAAAACCAUUGUAGUUUUGAAAGUAAAAAAAAAUAAGUUGAAAGAUAUGACCAAUAAAUCAUUUUAAACCAUGUUAUGUUGGGAAUGGGGUAUUAAUACACUGCGACCUAAAAGAUCUAUUGUACCCACUUCUGUCGCCAGUGCACCAAGGAAAUGUCUCAAUGCCUAUAACGACCCUUCCAAUCCUAUUUUCUCAAGAAAAUGUGAGAUUUGAAGUGGCUUCAAGUUAGGUAAAUCUCCCUCUUUUAUUUGAUAUCAUCCUAGAUAUAGUGCUCUUGGAUUCUGGUGUGCUACACAUUCAAUUAGGAUGUGAAUGGAGGAUUCGUCCUCCUCCUCACAGAAGCUGCACUCACUAUCCUCUACUAAUCUCAGUUUACUUAGGUGUCCUUUCAGUCGGCAAUGCCUGGUAAGGAUCCCUGUUACAAUACGUAGCCUGUUUUUGCUCAGGCAGAAGUAUCUUGGCCUGUCUCAGCCCCAAGAGAUUGUUCCAAUUAUUGGUUCUUCUACUGCCCAAUUCUUUUUUAAUCUCUCCUAAUAUUAUGUUACUUCUGAUACCGCAGAACGGCUCAGAUCCUACAAAGGGUGUUUGAGCCCCUGUGUUUGCAAGGCAAUCUCGUUAGCCUGUACCUCAUUAAGUCCCGGGACCCAAGUGAGAGUAACUAUAUUUUUCCCGCCUAGCUCAUUCAAUUGUUCUAGGCAUCUCCAGACCAUUUUUGAGCUGAUUACGUAAGAGUUCAGCGCUUUGAUGGCUGCUUCACUAUCGGACAUGAUGAUAAUUUCUUGUCUAUGAUACUUUCUCUUGAUGUACUUUAGCAUUUCAUCCUGCGGCAUGUCCCAGGUAUCUUUAGUCCUGAAGCAAGUAGACUUUCGUCUGAUUAUUCCGCUCCUGAUCAUUCUAUAUCGUAUCCUUUUUGCCACAUUCUCUAUCAUCAAAUGUAGAGAGGUAACGUUUAAGAUCACCUCCAUUGGGGCCGUAGGACAGGUUUUCAUUGCACCAGUAAUGCAAACACAGGCUAGUCUUUAUACUUUUGAGAUAUUAGCGCUGAGAUAGUUGCUAAACUAGUUCUGUUACUCCUGGCUACAGCCCCGUAAGUGAUGAUUGGUCUCACUAUUGCAGUAUACAUCCUUCGCAGUAUGUUUGGGUUACAUCCCCAUCGUUUGCCUGCAAUGUUUUGUGCAUACCAUUAGGGCUUUUGUGGCCUUAUUUACUACUUCCUUCUCAUAUGUGUUCCAGAGAAAUUUGUUGUUCAGGUUUGGGCCUAGACAUUUGACUUCAUUUUUCCAUUCUAUAUCUAUCCCGUCUAAUUUAACGGUUUUGAGAUGAUCAAGUUUUCUUUUCCUUAAAAAGGCUACUAGUGUUGUUUUUGUAGGGUUUAUACUUCACGGCACCAUCUUUUGGUAUGUUCUAUUCCUCGUUGGACUAUAUCACACAGGAUAUUACUAAACUUGCCUCUGCAAAUAUGACUAUUUCGUCGGCAUAACCUUGACAGGGUAUGCCGAGGUCAGUCAAUCUGCAUAAUAGAAGUUCGUUUGCGGUUAGGCUCCACAUUAGUGGGGAUAGAACUCCUCCUUGUGGACAUUCUCUGGUUGUGCAGAUGGAGAUGGUGUCCUACCCCAUCUGUGUCUCUGCAUUUCUCGUAGAUAACAGCUGAGCCAUCCAUCUGGAUGUGAUGUUAUCUACUCCUCUAUAUGCAAGUGCUCUUUUUACAGAUUCGUGUGGCGUGUUAAAAGCUCCUUCUAUGUCUAGGAAGGCACACACGACCGUUUCUUUGUUUGUUAGUGCAUCCUGGAUUACGUCAGUCAACUGUACCAGGGCAGUUUCUGUAGAUCUUCCUGCUAGGUACGCGUGUUGGCUGUGGUGAAGUGGCACUCUCUCCAGGACUUCUGUUCUGAUAUAAUUGCCAACAGCCUUCUCCAUUGUUUUUAAUACAAAGGAUGUGAGGUUGAUUGGUAGGAAGGAUUUAGGAUGUGUAGUAUCCUUUUCCCCUACUUUUGGAAUAAAAGUGACUCUGGCCCUUCUCCAUUCUUCUGGUAUAUAUCCCAGCUCCAGACUACUCUGAAAUAGCCGGAUUAUGUGUGAUAGUAAUUCCUCCUGUGCCUGCUGAAGCAGGGCAGGAAAUAUUCCAUCCACACCUGGAUACUUAAACGGUUCAAAAGUGUUAACAGCCCACUUUAACCGAUUUCUGCUGCAUAUGUGUUUGGCCACUACAGCGGCCUCUCUUGGGGGCCUGCUUACCUUAGUUGUGUCCCUUAUUAGAAAAGGUGUGCUUCCCGGAAAGUGCGUUUCGAGUAAGAGGCGAGCUCUUUCCUCCUCACUCUCCAUGAAGCUUCCAUUUGGUUUCUUUAAUGCCAUAACUGUAUCAACUCUCCCUUUUGCCAGGGCCCUGUGCAGUCUCACUGCCGCAGGUGUAGAGUUAAUAUCCUCGCAGAAUGUUCUAAAGCUGUUACGUUUAGCUAUCCUGCUUUCUUUGUUGUAGGUAGUAAGCGCCUCGGUGUAGCUCUGCCAAUCUCCGCUGUGCUUGGCCCUAUUAUAGAGCUUCCGCACUUCAGAUCGUAAGUUUGACAGAUGACGGUUUCACCAAGGAACAUCCUUACUAGUUCUAUUUCUUUGAAUGGGGCCGCUUGAUUCAUAUGCCUCAAGUAUUGCCCCAUUUUAAACCAUUGGUCUGCAUUAUAAAUAUUUUAUUAGUUAGAUUUUUUUAUUUUAACAAGUAUGCGUUAAUUUUGCGGUGCAGUGCACUUAAAGUAUAUUAUCUUAGAUUAUGUUAAAUAAUGUUCAUAUGAAUUAUAAUUUAGAAACUAGUACAGUAGAAUACUGCGCAUGAAGUUUUAAACAUGUGAUAUAUUGGUGAAAUAUUAAUAAUGCCUAUAAAAUUAAAUUACAGAGAUAUAUUUAAUUUAAUUUUAUAAAUUAGUUUCUUUUGACGGUAGGUACAAAUUGGCAGGAAUAGAAAAAGCCGC